AUGGGACUCUUGGCGUGGACACCGACGAUCUUGCCGCCGCAAGGGCAGCCGACGCUCGGUGUGAACUACUUGCAAGCGAGUCAGGCCUCUGUCGUCGUUACUGUCGCGAUGGACCCGCCAAUUGAGAUUGAGCUGCACCAAGACAUGGCCGUCGGUGUCGGCGGUGUGUUGUGGAACUGCGGUCGAGCGCUCAUCCAAGUGCUUUGUCGCUGCCCCGAGUAUGUUCGCAGCUGCCGCGUUCUCGAGCUCGGCAGCGGCACAGGUGGUGUUGGUCUCGCCGCCGCCCACUUGAAACCUACGACCUUGCUACUAACCGACUUGGCCUCGAUCGUUCCGUUGACUCUGCGCAAUACGAAGGCUGCCGUCGCCGCGUCGGCUCCGGUGGAGAAACUGUGGUCCAAGCAAGCUCUCUGUGUCGGCGUGUACCAAUGGGGCACCAAACCGCCGCAUGCUGGCCCGUGGGACACUAUUUUGUGCGCCGACUGCCUCUACGAUGAAGCCGUGUUUACAGACUUUACAGCGACACUCCAUGACGUUGUUGGACCCCCCACGACGGUGCUUCUCGCGUACAAACAGCGACUGCCAGAACGCGAAAUGGCGCUGCUGGAAUGCUUGGCCGAGACGUUCGAGAUUGCGGUCUACACGAACGACGACGAUCUUCCGUGGAACUAUGAAAAUGAUAUGGUUUAUGUAUUGGUGCUGCGUCGUAAACUCAAUUCGACGGGGUAA